AUGCCAGGUAACAUCAUAAGUGAUUUACUGGGUUAUGGUGAUGUGGCUCUACAACAUGGUGCAAUUGAUUAUCUAUACAGCCAGAGGAAAUAUAUUGUUGUUGGAGACUUUGUUGGAGUAAAUGAUACAGUUCUUUUUGGUACGAUGGACCAAAAAUUGGAAGGUGUGGAGUUUGAAGAUCACACUGCACUCAACUUGAGUGUAAGAUGUGGAAUUAUUCCUCACACUUCUGGCGAUUCUUUUGAUUUCUCCUACUCUCUGGGGCCAACAGAUGAUUAUCCAGGUGGUGGAACUGAAUUAUCAUUCCAUGUGUAUCUCAAGUUCACCCCCAUUCCUGGUGUCCAGCUGCUCUAUAUGUCCAAUUAUGGGGACUUUGUGGGUCUAAUAAAUCAGGGCAGUGGAAAUUUUGCUCUUGGUGAUGAGAAGCCAACUUCAUCCACACCACCCCAAUUCUGUUUUAAUGACACACUUCUAAAUUUAUAUCCCCAAGUUGAUGAAGACCCUGGUACUUUUGCAACAGCACUUGUGACCACAAAGGACUAUACCUUAGGUGGUGGAAGGCAAGGCUCCCCUGUGCAACUCACAAAAGAGAUCCAAGUUUAUACAUCUGUAGCAACCACCAAUUUGAGCAAGUCCAAUAUCACCUUGGAAUCCAUCAACAUAACAGUCAAUAUAUGGCCAAUUGGAUGUGCAAUUUACACGCAAAAUCUAACCACACGUGUGUCAGGGUCCAACCACAAACUGCUGGACAUCCUGGGUAAACAUGAAUACAACUCCCAACCAAAGUUCAUUAAUAUGCCUUUUGAGCGCAAAUCAAAUCCAGCAAACCAGCUGGAAAAACAAUUCAGUGACAUGGUGUACUGGAUCUACAAAAUGAAACAGGACUUUGUGGGUUCUUCCCUGCCUGCUGAAAAUGGUUUUAAAUCAGUGCAGAGAGUGCAGCCUCUACCACAGGCUGCACUUUCAGAUCUCACCUCAACUUCACUAAGCCCCCAGAACCAGUCUUUGAGCCUCUCAGGAUUUGAGUACCAACUCAGCUUGUAUUCUGCCUUCAUUUAUGGUUUCACUCUGAUGAAUUUGCGAAGGGCACUGCUCCAUGAUCCUAACAUAUUGCAUGGAAUUUGGUCACCUAUUUACUUCAAUACAUCUGGAACACACCAGUCUGACCAAGCCAUUGCCCAAGUUGCCUAUUUCCCACUAAUCAUUGUGACUGCACUCUCUGGGUGCAUCAUGUUCAUCUCUUUCUUCAUCAUCUGGGAUGCAUUCAUUGUGAUGGAGGCUGUGGUUGAGGAUACACAACAGCAGGUGAUUCAUGAUGGCAGCCUUCUCAACAUGAUAUCUUUGCUUGCUGCAUCUCAAUCCAGUGCCAGUGCUGUGUCACAUUGCUGCUCUCAGCACAAGGGUCUCUUGGACUAUGACUGUAUAAACAAUGCUAUUGUUGAGUGGGUGUUUAAGUUUCAUCUCCACAUCUCUAGCCUGACAUCACUGCAGGUAUUCAGGAGGGGGUCUCAUCCUCCAAUCUCAAUCCAUCCAUUGUUACAAUCCAAAGCUACCUAUAAACCAUUUGAUCAAGUUUGGACUCAACCAAACUCAUCCAAGUCAGGGGUACCUUCAGGUGCUGAGCAUCUUCGCCCCACCAGUGCAAGAAGUUUGUGGAUAUUAGGUAUAGGAGGGAUACUGGCACUAAUUGCUUUCCAUGGCUGCCUUGUGGUUUUGUCUGAGGCUCAUGUUUUGGACCAUUUGUACUUCAAUAUCAGGCAUUUGGGGCUGAUGAACCAAAUUCUAUCAACACAUGAAGAGGGAUUUGUGGUUAUGAUGUCGGCAUUAGCCAUUCUGUCUGUCUCAUCACUUGCCUGUGAUGUCUCACUAAGGGAAAGAGCAUUGCAUUUCACUCUUGGGGCCUGGCGUCAAGGGCCCUACUCUCUGGUGCUGGCUCCAACAUCAGUUCUUAAACGACUCAAUAUAAUGUGUGUCUUUGGAUUCUUCCUUGGAAUCAUGGUUACACAUGCUGCCACACCAACUGUUGUGACAACAGAAGCAUUCAAUGCUUCAAUCCCAACACAUUUCAUGGCUGACAGAAUCCCAGGUUUCUGGGGUAAUCUAUCAUUCUCUUUGCAGUUGAUCAAUGACAUAGCAGAGUUUCUUGGAGCUGCUCCAUACCUACUAGGUGACACUGCAUUUGGUGCCAAUGAUAUUCUUGGCUGGAAUCAAACUACACUCAAUGCACCAGAGUAUGAAGGGGGAACCUUCUAUGAUCCAUUUGCAACAAAGUACAAUGUGUCAUGCAAUGUAAUUCCUCAAUCAAAAGAGAAUCCAUACACUGGUAAUAUUCAUAUGGAUGACAAUCCCCAGCGAUACCUCCUGUCCAUGAAUUUGACUACUGAUGUUAACCCAUACCCUGGUUUAAGCAUCAUGUAUUGGCAGUUGUCAGGCCUUAAUGUUGGGCCUGAACAACAAUAUGCAAGUCCGAAAGAGAAUGAGUCAUCUACCCUGGUCUUCCCUGUCCCAAAUAGGUUUGCUUUACUCCAAUCUCAAUUUUCUCAUGCUGGAGUACUUCCCAUGGUUCAUAUCUCGGGCACUCCACAUGUUGUAGAGGGUGGAGCACCACUAUGGGGCUCAUAUAGUCUGACCAUUCAGACACAAAUGUGGACAUAUGUUCAGAAUAAUAGUAUCUCAUCAGACAAACUAGACAGCUAUAUCCAAGAAACAAGGAAACUGGAACUGGUGAAUGUCACCAUGUAUCUUUGGCUUAUCAUGUGUACACUCCACAUACUCAAUGGUGGAGCUGUGGUGACUUCAAACAAGUUAGAGUCAUUCAUCCCAAUGGUGGCAGAAAUAUUUGAACCACCACAAGGCUAUGUGAGAUCAGAAAAACCGACUCACAUAAUCGAAAUAAAUUGGGACAGUCUAAUAUACCUUCUAUAUGACCAGGGUCAGGGUCUCUGGUUGGAGGGCCCAUAUAAUGGAACAUUUUCUACCCAAGGUGGAACAUCCAGACUCAGUGAACAACUUUCUCUGUUCACUGCAACAUAUGUAGCAUUGCUUGACCGAUCUUGGCGAACAAAGUAUGAAAGCCAUGCUCCAAUUGUUGGUCUUUCUUGGAAACCUCUUCAAGCGAUAGUUUAUGGUUCAAAACAAGUGCUAUCUGCACGUUUCACUAUCCACAUAGUUCCACUUUACUUUGGCUGUCUUUCUGCACUCCUUAUUGGUGUGUCAUCUGCUGUCAUGUUGUGGAACACUUUCAACAGGAAAGAUGUUGUGGUCAAAGAAGCUGGGAUAUUCCACAGCAUUCAGAUGCUCCAAUGGUCUUCUCUGACCCAUCUGUUCAGCAAGCAUCAAUCAUUGAGUGUGGAUGGAUGCAGAGUUAGCAGGGACAUCCUAUCACUGGAUGUUCAAUGUAACGGUUUGACAUUGGACAUUGUUCAUGAAGGGAAUGAUGCCAUGUUAGAUCCACUCAAUACAGUGGAUAGCACUGAGGGCACUAGAAGCAGUCCCCCAAAUGUCCCUCCCAAUCCUGGUGCAACUCCAGGGCCCCAAGAAGGCCUGGAUACACCGGGUCCGGAUCAACCUAGCACUUCAAAUGUGCUAGGUAUAGAAGCACCUUCUCUUCCUGAGAAGGACCCUCCUGAUGUGCCACUAGAGCCAAAUAGGCCUCCCAAUGCUCAAAUCCCCAACCCUGUUCCUGAUCCUACUAGGUCAGGCAAGGAGAUGCCUGUUAUGGAAAUGGGAAUUUCCCAUUUUAGACUCUUAUGGGUUCUGUAUCACAUGAUUUGUAUAGUAAUUGAGUUUAACCAAUCAACAAUUACCAAAAAACCCGCUGUGCUAACAUCUGUUAAACCUCAUGUUACAACAACUGUGAAACCACCUGUAAAACCUAAUGAACCACCUCACCUCCACUUUCCACUUUCCUGCGCCAAGAACGGACGAAAAUGGGCGCCUCCGGCCCCAUUUUUGUAA